CUGCGUGGACGUCAUGGAACGGGUGGUCAGGGACACGAUGGCCGACAUGGAACAGAGGGUCACAGUGGUCAACAUGGAACAGAGGGUCGCAGUGGUCAACAUGGAACAGAGGGUCGCAGUGGCCGACAUGGAACAGAGGGUCACGACGGUCGACAUGGAACAGAGGGUCACGACGGUCGACAUGGAACAGAGGGUCACGACGAUCGACAUGGAGCAGAGGGUCACAGUGGCCAACAUGGAACAGAGGGUCGCAGUGGACGACAUGGAACAGAGGGUCACGACUGCCGACUUGGAACAGAGGGUCACAGUGGCCGAGAUGGAACGGAGGGUCAGGAUGGCGGAGAUUCGGAUGAUAACACGGAAGGAAAAGUAGCAAGAGGCACCAACACAGAAUCAGCUGCCCUGACUUACAUGUAAAGCCAGCUCAAUGAUCCAAAUAAAAAGUGCAACAUA